UUCAAAAAGCCUUAGUCGCGCGCUCAAAAGAGCAUCGCCAACGGAUUUUUUUCUCUACAUUUACCCUAUUUUUUUUUUCCAGAGAAACAUUGAAGAAACGGUAGUUAUAUAGAAGAUACAAACGAAAAUGUCUUGAAUUCAACAUCUGAUACCAUACCAACCGUCCCUUGACAAUGGGGUUCGAGGAAAUGUACAAUAUCAAGGAGGAAUGCCCGACAACUGUUUUGAAAAAAAAUGAGGUCAACAUAAUUUCUCCGAAACAGAACAUUGUACGAAUAUGGAAUUUAUUCAUCGCCCUAACAUCGUUGGUGGCUGUGACAGUGUCUUUAUUUGAGCUGUUCUUCAACUCCGCUAUCCCUGUCGUUGUCGGGAUAAGAUACUGCCUGGAUGUGAUCUUCCUGUUGAACAUCAUCUCACGCUUUUACAUUGGAUAUGAAAGUAAUGGUGUAGUCAUAAUUGAUUCUAAACCAGUGCAGAGAAAAUAUCUCCGAACAUGGUUUAUCAUGGACCUGUUGGCUGUUCUUCCCUUUGAGACUCUGAGAUAUGCCUCGCCUGAAUUGCAUUUUAUGCAUAUCAAUCGAUGUCUAAGAGUCUUACGGCUGUUUGACAUAAUAUCGUCCUUUGGAAAAGAACCUGACACCAACAAGAUACAUGUUGCAGUCCUGAAUUCCUUUUCUAUUGUUGUCCUCAGUGUUCAAGUCUCUGCGUGUGCCUGGUACAAUCAGGUGUGUAUAGCUGCUCAUGGUGGCCAUCCAAGGGAGUGUCCAAAAGAGGAGAACUGGUUACAGCUGUUGCCAGAGUUCUCAACCAAUUUGACAGGAGUAACAGAUUUUGAGUUUUAUGCCACGUCACUAUACUGGUCUGCAAUAACUCUAUGUUCUGUGGGGUAAGUAAGUUGCUUUUUAGUGAGUUUAAAAAUAUAUAUAAUUUUUUACCAGUGCCACUAGUAUAUAGUGAGCGAUGUUAGACAAAGGCUAUUAAACAUCACAAAAUAACCAUCUGGGCUACCUAUAACCACAUGGAUGCUUUGUGACGUUCUCCAUGCAUUUGUGUUCCUCUGUAUUUGCAUUAGUUUGUUUUUGAUGGGCACAGGUGUUUUGUAUUGAAUGCUUUAGAAUACUGGUCAUUUUUCAUAAAGAACUGAAAGUAUAAUAAUAUUUAGAUUUUCUUAGCUAUGGAGACAUACAUGCUAUGAAGAUCCCAGAGGUUAUGGUUGCCUCACUGGUAAUGGUGCUUGGUUUAUUUGCCUUCAUUGGAGUCAUCGCGACUGGAAUGAGCUCCAUCAUUAGCAAUCUGGAUGCCCGGAGAGGAAGGUUCUGCCAUCGAAUGGAGUCCAUUUGUCUUCAUAUGAAACAAAUGGGAUUGCCAGAGGAAGUUCAAACAUGGGUGCAUAAAUAUUACUAUUAUCUGUGGACGCAUCGCAAAGGCAGUAUAAUCGCUGGCCUACUGGAUGACCUUCCUUUUGCGCUACAUUCAGAAAUAUCCUCUGCUUGUUACAAACCUCUGAUGAAAAAGACAUCCCUGUUUCAUGAUACCGAAGAUGGCUUCAAAAGGGCUUUGUCACUUAAAUUCAACACCUACACAUACAGUCCUGGACAAAUUUUGGCAAAGCCUGGAGAAAUCAAUCAAAAUGCAUACUACAUUGAACAUGGAGUGGUGCAGGUAUUAGGAGAUAAUCAUUGUGACAAAGUUGCCCGUUUGCUACCUGGAUCGUUAAUUGGAGAGGCUUAUCUGAUGUACAGAAUUCCGAGAAACACUACGAUUUGUGCAGCAACAUUGUGUGAAAUUUGUGUGUUGGAACGCAGUGAUCUUCUUGCAUUGUUUGCGGAUUACCCAGAAGCUGGUUUGAAGAUAGCAAGAACAGCUCAAAAACGGCUGCAUAAUGUUAAGCAUCCUAUUAGGGAAGCCUUUGCUCUAGGAGUGGCAUCGAACCCCCAGAAUGUGGUUUUUCAGAAGGAUUUAAGUGUAAAUCUGUUGCCAAGGGAUCAGAAGAUUUUUACAUUGUUUAUGGAAUAUCUUGCAAACCAGUCCCACAAUGUCUCUUCAUCAGUUAAAACAUCUACCGAUGUGAAACGGUCUGUUUGGAUGACAACUAUUCGACCAGAUGGCAUUUUUGCUCAGAAGUGGGAGGUUUUUAUGUUUUGGUGUAUCACCAUUUCAAUUUUUAUUGAAACAUGGGUACUUUUUUUCACCAACAACCUAGACACAAAGGGCUUUUACAAUGAAGGAUGGGGUGUGUUCUAUCUUACAAUCAGCUCAUUGGUUGAUGUUUUUGCCAUUAUCGACAUAUUUGUGAACCUCCGCACAGAAGUUUUUACAAAAGAUGGCUAUCAAGCUGACAUAAUGGGUAUUUUUGACAACUAUCGAAAAUCUUGGAAUCUAUAUUAUGACGUCCUGGCUGUUGUCCCUUUGGACUUCUUCUCUUUUACAACAAGUGGAGAAGCACAUUGGAGAGUUUUAGGCUAUGUCCGAUGGAAUCGUCUUAUUUGGAUUCGGAAGGUGUGUUUGUUUUUCAACAAAAAAGAAAAUGACAUGGAUAAGAACCUGUUUGAGCUAAGAACGGCUAAAUGUCUUUUCCUCCUGAUUUUCUCUGUGCACUGCUGCUCUGGAGUGAUGUAUCUCACAGGCUGCAAGGACUUCAGGUGUGAUGAAGAGUCAUGGGCCUGGAACACAGGACUGAAAGCCAGCCAUAGCAACUUGUAUCAUUAUAUGAUUUCUGUUUAUUGGACCACAACAAGCAUGACAACCAUUGGAUAUGGUGACAUUGUUCCCAACACUAUGAAAGAGCGACUUGCUGCUGUGUUUGUUUGCUUCAUUGGCUUGUUUGUCUUUAACUACAUUAUCAGUCAAGUCUAUGCCACAUUGGCCAGUCAGAAUGCUGCCAGGGUUACAUUUCAGAAUCUCCUCUCAGCUAUGACCAACUUCAUGGAAAGCCAUGACCUUAGUGUAUCUCUUCAAACAAGGGUCACUGAGUAUAUGAGUCUUCUUUGGUCAAAGUACCAGGGUCAAGCAUACCCAGGAGGCCAAUUUUUAAUGCAUGACUUGCCAAUCGAACUUCAACAGAUUGUCCUGAUGAAAGAGAGAGGGAGGUUCUUGUCAAAGAUUCCUUAUUUCGAGCAAGCUGGACAAGCGUUCAUUCGGGAUCUGGCAUCAACCUCUGUCAUGUAUUUCUUUCCCAGAGGGGAGAUCAUCCAGUACAGUGAAACUAUUACCAGAGAACUAUUUUGCAUUCGAAGAGGGACUUGCCAGAUUCUAAGUGAUGACUUGUCUGAAAUUGUUGGACUCUACGGUGAAGGAAUGUAUUUCGGGGAGGCUGGAUUUUUGUUUGGAAAACAAGCUACAAUGACCGUCCGUGCAAAGACUCAUUGUGAGAUAUUAGUGAUCGAUUUUGACAAAAUUAAAUCUGUUCUGGAGAGAUACCCGGUCAUUGAAAGCCAAAUUACAGAAUUGCAAUCAACACCAGAGUAUUACAACACUUUACUGCAAAGCGUUGAAGAAAUUAUGAAGUCUGAGGAACAGGAUGAUGACACACUAAAGAAGAAAGAUGCCUCGUUGACAUAUCAAGGUCGUCGAUAUGCCAAGAAGUCGAAGUGUUAUAUUGAGGACUUUGGAAACUUCCCAAUCUAUGCUGGAGCAGAGGAAGAAACUGUUGAGGAAAAACUUCUGAAACUGAGCAAAACUAAACGGAUACCUCCCACAACAAGAUAUAGGGGUGCCAUUUUGCCUAGCAAUCCACUGUACAUCCGCUGGGAAUGUUUCCGAUUUGUUUUGGCCAUAACGGUCAGCAUCAAUAGCUCUCUUCUUUUUGCUUUUCUCCACUACAAAAAGGAACUCUGGAUUUUGUCCUAUAUUCUGGGCCUUUUUUGCUGGAUUGACAUGUAUAUCCGUUUGCAUGUUGCUUUUUACAAGGACAAUCUCAAAGUGGACACGCUGGAAACGGCAAGACACUAUGUGAAGACAAGCUUUCUAAUAGAUCUCAUCAGCUGUUUUCCUUGGGAAGUUAUUGGUUGGAUGGUGGUUUCCCCUUUUGACGAGAAUGGAUUUUACUCCAACAGUGAAGCGCUGCACCUAUAUGCAUAUCUCAGAGCCCCUCAUCUUCUCCAGUUAUAUCGGAUUCCUCUUGCAUUUUCAUUCUGGCAAUCAGGGAUUGCAACCGAAAAGACGAUUGUCACAUUUGCUAAGUUCUUUCUGUAUUGCGUCCUUUUUCUUCACUUCAGCACUUGCAUCGUUUUUGCAAUUGUAUGCCCUCCAGCAGACUUGUUUGGUGACACAACCAAUUACUUACUGCCUAUGGUAAAGCACAACUGUUCAUCACAGUCCUGGGCGUAUCACAUGGACUACACGUUUAACGUGGUGUAUGAAACGGCUACCUUCACAGAACUGUAUUGCAUAAGUUUAUAUUUUGCAACUGCAACUCUCAGUGGUGUAGGCUAUGGUGAUAUACAUCCUUAUCUAACCUCUAUGAAAAUUACUAUGGUCUUCAUAAUGGUGUCUGGAGCAUUGUAUUGUGGUUAUGUGGCUGGUACAUUUGCUGCUAUGUUAGCCAAUGCAGAUGCUACAAGGGCAGCUUUUACUGAGAAAAAGGAAAGCAUACAACUAUUCUUGAAGAGUCAGAAUAUUACAGGGCGUCUAUAUCACAAUACUGUGAACUUCUAUGCUUUCAAAUGGAUAAGAACGAAAGGAAUAGACCAAGACACACUGUUUGAGUAUUUGCCAUCAUCUCUACUCGGAGAUAUAUCUACCAUUAUCUACUCUGACCUUAUUGCAAAGGCAUUUGGACUUGAUAUCAAGAGGAAGCAGCGAAGGAACUCAGUGGCACAACAUUUAUCCCCACUCGAGAGAACAUUAUCUGGAAAGCUUGAUGGACCCUUUUUUCACAAAAUACUGAGAAAAGAGAGUGUGGACCAAUUGGAAACAGAUGGAGGAUUCAUUCGGUUACUAGCUAGAGAGAUUCGACCGUGCCUUUACAGAGCUAAUGACCUGAUAUGCAAAAGAAAUGACUUUGGAUCUGAGGUGUGACA